AUGUCCUUCUGUCUCUUCGAUCCUCGAGUAAAUUUAACGUUUUUGGCACUGCUUCUGGUGUACCAGAUUUACUUCAUAAAAUCUCUGAGCGCUGAGACGGGAAGAUCAAGAUCGAAUACGACUCAAGAUGGGUCCCAAACUUGUGCAAAUGAUUUUCUCAAACCUAAGAUUUGCCCAACAAAGAAUGAAGACCGGACCCAUGAUGCAUUUUUCCGCUUGGUGAGGCUCAAUGGCGUAAAAAUCGGCCACAUUCGGGAAAUGAAACUCGAGGAGAAUAAAUCACAUCGAGUUGUAACCCGCAGUUUUCAGCCAUUGUUAUUCGAGAUAAACGAAUUUCUGAGCCACAAGGAAUGCGAUCUGCUCAUUCAGUUAUCCCAACAAAGUCACCUUCAGGACAGCUUAACAAUCAAGGGAAAAGGAGAAGGAAUUGGUAAAGAGGAAUUCUUGAAGAAGCUGGCCUCAAAGAAUUUGACCCUCGAAAAAACUCUGUUCUGCUGGAAACCUGUCUAUGACACUGAUCGGGACGGAAAAAUAACCCUACAAGAAUUUAUAAGAUUUGUGGAUCUAGAGAAAUAUGUUUAUCCGACAAAGGAAGAUGCAUUGCCGAUAUUUACUUUAUUUGAUUUCAACUCAGACGGAUUUGUUGAUGACAAGGAGUGCGCAGACGUCACAAAUGCUACCUACGUUGAGUUCCUUUUUCAUGUCGAGAAACUCAAAUCUGAUCCUCGGUAUUUCAUUCGCUUUAGUGAAUCUGCAGUGCUUUCUAAAGACACGCCCGUUGUGAGAUCGCUACAGAGAAGGAUCGCUAAGCUCACGGGCCUGUCAAGAACUUUAAUAGAAAAAAGUGAAGAAAUUCAGGCAAGUUUUCAUAUAAAAAUAUAA